AUGAGCACCGAACCCAACACAGAAGGCGACGUUAUAGGCAAGGUCACCACCGGAUACCAGGCGUGGUUUACCUGCGAUGGCGACCGGUCGCCCAUCCGCGGCUGGUGGCAUUGGGCCCCCGACCGACUCAACAUGGUUAAGAAGGACAACUCGGGUGUCGUUUCGUGGCCGGCCAUGCACCACUAUCCCAAGGGCUACAACACAGGCUUCCAGCCGUAUCCUGAUGGAAGCCCUUCACAGCUGUUCAGCAACUAUGACCAAGCGACUAUCGACGCCCAUUUCCAAAUGAUGGCCGAUGCAGAUAUCGACACUGCCGCGCUCCAGAGGUUCAACCCUUGCGGUGGCGAGGGCCCCGUUCGCGACGUGACGACCAUGAUGGUCCACCAGGCCGCUGAGAAGACCAAGCGCAAGUGGUACUGCAUGUACGAUGUCUCUGGAUGGGGACCCAACAUGCAGCAGGAGAUCAAGAACGACUGGACAAGCAAGAUGUGCGAAUACUCCCAGACGCCAAUGUACGCUCGCCAGAACGGCAAGGUCGUGGUGUGUAUCUGGGGCUUUGGUUUCAACGACGGCAACCACGAGUACGACCAGGAGACGUGCAUCGACGUUAUCAAGUGGUUCAAGGGCAUGGGCUGCUACGUCAUCGGCGGCGUGCCGACGUGGUGGCGCAAGUGCAUUUCGGACUCGCGUGAGGGCUUUGGGGAGGUGUACCGCUCCUUUGACAUGCUGUCUCCUUGGAUGGUCGGGCGUGCCUCCAAGAUCCGCGACCUGGACUGGUUCUACCACAACGCCAACAAGGGCGACCAGGAAGAGUGCGAGAAGCACGGUAUCGCGUACCAGCCCUGCGUCAUGCCCGGCGACCUCUCGACCGGUUGUCGCAAGCACGGUGAUUUCUACUGGCGUCACUUUUACAACACCACGCGUCUGGGCUGUGCCGCAGUCUACGUCUCCAUGUUCGACGAGUACAACGAGGGUAACCAGAUUGCGCCCACAGCCGAGUCCAAGGCCCAGCAGCCCAAGGACUUUGACCACCCGGCGCUCGACGAGGACGGCACACCGUGUACGGCCGACUACUACCUCCGCCUCACGCGCGAUGCUGGCAAGAUGUUCAAGUCGCGUACACCCACCGCCCUGCGCGUCACGGAGCCAUGGCCUGGAAAGGGCCUCUGCCAUGCGCGUCACGAGCUCGUCCUCAAGGCCCGUGUGAACGGCCAGUUCGUCUGCGCAGAGGGUGGUGGCGACAAAAACCUCGUCGCUAACCGCACGAGCCCAGGCCCCUGGGAAAGGUUCACGGUCGAGCAAACCAACCAAGAGGGUCGCAUCCACCUCCGUUCCUCCAACGGCAAGUACGUCUGCGCCGACCUGUCCGGCGGCAACGGCCAGCCUGUGGGUCUCCUCGUUGCGAACCGCGACUCGCCCGGCCCAUGGGAAACGUUCGACCUUGUCGAGGUUGAUGGAGGCGUGAUCGCUCUGAAGGCGUCAAACGGCAAGUAUGUCCAGGCGUCAAACGGCGGCAGUGGCCCCCUCAUUGCUGGCGGUGAUGAUCACGGAUGGUGGGAGCAGUUUGAUGUGGUCGAGGAGUAG